AUGUGGCGUAAGGUGGUGGAGUGGGUGCAUGCGGGUAGGGGUAGGUGGGAUUUCUUGCCGGUUAAUCGAAGCAUUAAAGGAUGUUGGAAUACGAUUGUUAAGGAGAUGGAGCGAUGUUCGUUCAAAGGUAAUAAUAUUCGCACGAUGAUUAAAGUGAAGGUUGGAAACGGUGAUGAAGUGCAGUUCUGGUCGGAUCUCUGGAUCGGCUCGACCGUAUUAAUGCAACGGUGGUCGAAAAUGUUAGCUUUGGAGAGGAAUAAAAGUUGUACAGUCGAUGCUCGGAUGAUGCGUCACCAUAGUGGAUGGCGAUUUGUUCCAGAUUGGAAAAGAGGUCCAGCUUCGGUGGAGGUGUUAUUGGAGAUGCAAGAUUUACAAUUUCUCUUUAAUAAUUUAUCUUUUUCAGGUAACAAGGACUGGUGGCAGUGGGGCGAUGAUGGAAAAGAUUCGUUUUCAGUGGCAUUGAUUAAAAAUUUGAUUCGAGAUGAUUACGAGGUUAGCCGAGAUCAUAGUAUGCAAUGGGAAUCUUGGAUUCCUCUCAAGGUGAAUUUGUUUAUCUGGCGGGCAGAGAUAGACCUUAUUCCUACUAAACUGGCCCUUACUAGAAGAAGGAUAUACAUACAAGAUGUCUCUUGCAGUCUGUGUGAGACAAUGGACGAGGAGGUGACACAUUUGGUCACAAGUUGUGGUUUUUCGUUUGGGGUGUGGUCUUCGGUGGGGAAUUGGUGCAAAAUAGCUCCGAUAUUCGCUUUUGAUUUCAAGGAUUUGCUGGCGAUUCACAUUCAAGUUCAAGGAGACAAAUGGGCGAAAAAAGUUAUUAGGGGUAUUAUUAUGAUUUCCUGUUGGGCUUUAUGGAAGGUGCGAAAUGCUAAGGUGUUCGAAGGUUCUAACCCGAAAGUUGUCGAUGUAGUCGCGAUGGUCAAGUCUUUGUCUUUUUUAUGGCUUAAAACAGGUCUAGGUUUGUCUCUAUCCAAUGGAAGGACUGGGUUGUUUAUCCCUUGUAUAUGUUGUAAGUGCUCUGUUGUGGCGUUCCUUGCUUUGAGGGCGUGCCUGUUUUUCUAA